AUGUACAGCAUGAUGAUGGAGACCGACCUGCACUCGCCUGGCGGCGCCCAGGCCCCCACGAACUUGUCAGGCCCGGCCGGAGUGGGCGGCGGUGGGGGAGGUGGCGGCGGAGGCGGCGGGGGCGCCAAGGCCAACCAGGACCGGGUCAAGCGGCCCAUGAACGCCUUCAUGGUGUGGUCCCGAGGGCAGCGGCGCAAGAUGGCCCAGGAGAACCCCAAGAUGCACAACUCGGAAAUCAGCAAGCGCCUGGGCGCCGAGUGGAAGGUUAUGUCCGAGGCCGAAAAGAGGCCGUUCAUCGACGAGGCCAAGCGGCUGCGCGCGCUGCACAUGAAGGAGCACCCGGAUUACAAGUACCGGCCGCGCCGCAAGACCAAGACGCUGCUCAAGAAGGACAAGUACUCGCUGGCCGGCGGGCUGCUGGCGGCCGGAGCAGGCGGCGGAGGCGCCGCCGUGGCCAUGGGCGUGGGUGUGGGCGCGGCGGCCGUAGGCCAGCGACUCGAGAGCCCCGGCGGCGCGGCGGGAGGCGGCUAUGCGCACGUCAACGGCUGGGCCAACGGCGCCUACCCCGGCUCCGUGGCGGCGGCGGCCGCGGCCGCGGCCAUGAUGCAGGAGGCGCAGCUGGCUUACGGGCAGCACCCGGGCGCCGGCGGCGCGCACCCGCACGCGCACCCGGCGCAUCCGCACCCGCACCAUCCGCACGCGCACCCGCACAACCCUCAGCCUAUGCACCGCUACGACAUGGGAGCGCUUCAGUACAGCCCCAUCUCCAACUCGCAGGGCUACAUGAGCGCCUCGCCCUCGGGCUACGGCGGCCUCCCCUACGGCGCCGCGGCCGCGGCCGCCGCCGCUGCGGGUGGCGCGCACCAGAACUCGGCCGUGGCGGCGGCGGCGGCGGCGGCGGCCGCCUCGUCGGGUGCCCUGGGCGCUCUCGGCUCUCUAGUCAAGUCGGAGCCCAGCGGCAGCCCGCCGGCCCCGGCGCACUCGCGAGCGCCAUGCCCCGGGGACCUGCGUGAGAUGAUCAGCAUGUACUUGCCGGCCGGGGAGGGCGGCGACCCGGCGGCGGCGGCCGCCGCCGCGGCGCAGAGCCGGCUGCACUCGCUGCCGCAGCACUACCAGGGCGCGGGCGCGGGCGUCAACGGCACGGUGCCCCUGACGCACAUCUAG